UCUCUAGAUUAGAAACUCAUUAGAAAAUUUAUUUUCAGCACCACUCCGGUAGGUUUUUACCAUCUCAAUACAUGUGGAGGUAUAGUCAAGCUAAGGAGAAGCUAUCAAAGGGAGGAGGUGAAGACCGAAGACACGUCCAUUGUGGGGGGGGGGGGGGGGGGGGGGGGGGGGGGGGGGGGGGAGGGGUCAGAGUAGUUAAGAGGGUAACCGUCGCUCCAGGUCAGCAGAGCAGUUUUUUCGAGGCAUUUACUUAUGAUGGCUAUAAAUAGGAGGUGAAGAUGACAGAGAAGAGGUUCGCCAAGAUCACACUAGACAACCCAAUGUCAAGUUUUUAUCAUUUUAUCUUUUCCUUUGUAAAUUUAGUCAUAGUCGUAAUUCUGGAGCUCUCAUUGAACCUCCAUAGGGCAUAGGAGUAGGAGUAAUUUGAUGUGGACUAUGUUGUUUAAUCGUUUGUAAGGAGUCAAGGUACAAUUCCAUUAUGUUCAACUCUAGUUUUCUAGUCAGGAAAACACAUUGGCACACCUUGUGGGACCCGUGUGUUCGAUUUGAUGGCUCCGAGGCAGAAUAAUCAAGAAGGUGACGCUCCAGCUGGUUUUGUGGAGGAGCAGGUGGCCAAUAUUGAACUUGGCCAGGUUGCAGAGGCGGUGGCCGGAAACAAUGUUGGGGGCGAGAUCCUACCAACAGAGACGUCUAGUGAAGUUAUGGGUGAAGCAGUGGGGAUCCUUCGUCGGAUGAUGGAGGAGAACCACAAGCUGGUGGCACAGAAACGUCGAGCCACAAAGGAGGACCAUGAAUUCACCAAUCUAAAUGAAUUCGGAUCAAAAUGAUUAGAAUAGUUGAAUAUUAAAAUGAAUGGAUUAGUUUGGAUUAGUGAAUUGGAUUAUAAGUUGCCCCUCUAAUAAAAUUUCAUAUUUAAACUAUACACUGAUUGUUGGUCAUAUCAAUGAAUUAACCAAGAAUCUCAAUUGUUGUCCAAUCUCACACAAUCAAACAUAGCCCACUUUGAUGCCUCGGGAUUAGGGAUGGCAAUGGGCAGGUCCGGGACGGGUAUCACGAUACCCAUACCCGACCUGUAGCAGGUCAGGUCCAAGUCGGGUAAUUUAUCACCGGGCGCGGAUCGGGGCAGGUCGACUCAAUGGGUAUGCAAUUUAGAUGACAAGCAUUAGAAAUAUUCAUUAUUUUCAUUAUAAGACCAAAAAAUAAAUCAUAAUAUGGUAAAAUAUAGUUAAAUUAUUGGU